UAAGAUGACGGUUCUGAAGGCUGUGGAGCUUACUUCCUGCAUCUUCAUUCUCCUGACUGGCCUCCCUUCCAACCUCCUGGCCUUCUACAUAUUCCUGCUGAAAGUGUCCAAGAAGCCAACUCCCAUAGACAUCCUCUUGUUCAACCUGACCAUUUCUGACAUCCUCCUUCUCCUUUUUCUCCCCUUCAAGAUGGUGGAGGUCACCUCCGACACGAUUUGGCCUCUUCCUCCUCUGCUCUGCCCACUCACUGGCUACUUCCUCUAUGGCAGUGUAUACACCAGUAUCCUUUUCCUCACAGCAGUCAGUGUGGAUCGCUACCUGUCCAUUGGACAUCCUAUCAAGUACAAGCUGACGCGCAAGCCAAUUUAUGCAGUCACGGCCAGCGUCUUUAUCUGGCUGCUGGUUUGCUCCCAUUACGGCAUUAUCUACAUUGCCAAAUACCAAGCUUCCAACGGGAGCCUUCCAGGCUCUUCUAAUACCUCCCAUUGCUAUGAGAAUUUCUCCCCUGAUGUGAUCAUCCCUAUCCGACUGGAAAUCUGUCUUGUCUUCUUCUGCCUCCCUUUCAUCAUCACUCUUUUCUGCUAUGUGAAAGUUAUUCAGAUCCUGAACUCCCUGCCCAGCUUCCCUGUCCGCAAGAAGCAACGAGCCAUGGGCCUGGCCGUGGCCACUUUGAUCAGUUUUGUCAUCUGCUUCAGCCCCUUCAACAUUUCCCACAUCGUGGGCUUCGUACAAAAACAGGGCCCUCCCUGGAGAGUGGAAGGUUUCCUCUUCAGCACCUUCAAUGCCUCCAUAGAUCCUGUCAUCUUCUACUUCUCCUCCCAGGCAGUCCGUCAAGCUUUUAUUGACUGUUGGAUUGGCAUGUGCCGCAAACUGCAGACUUUGCUACCCCACUGGUGUUGCUGGCCCUGCUGCCAAAGUCUGACAGAUAACAAUAGAGGAAAAAGAGCUGGACAGUUCUCAAGUUCAUAUCUUCAAGGUGAAUACCACGUCAAUGUUGCUCAGACGGAGCUCUGA